AUGCAGAAUAUGCAUUGUCAAGAUAUUACUGGAACAUCUAUUCUUUCUGUCUCAAAAAUCAAAAAAAUCAUUCAAAUCGACGAUGAUAUUGUCCAGUGCUCCAGAAAUUCCGCUUUUCUUAUUGCCAUUGCAACGGAAAUGUUUAUUCAGUAUAUAACACAUCAGGGUCUUUUGAUGUGCCUUAAUGAGAAUAAAAAGACUAUCCUCUAUAGACACCUUGCCACUGCGGUUUCACGAAUCGAUUGUCUCGAGUUUUUGUCAGAUACAAUUCCAAGGACUAUUACAUUCAAAGAUCUUCCCUCCAAGAAGACCAAGUCUUCCAAGGACCCCUUUGGACCUUUUGAACCCUCUGGACCCUCUAAUCCCACUGGGUCUGCUGUGUUGCAGGACACUCAGAUCCCUGAAGACUUUAAAGAUCCUACGGAACCUGCUCAGAUCAUGGCCACCGACACACCCUAG